CGAGGGAGGGGGAGAGUUGUGAAGAUGGCGGCAGUGGUGGAGGUGGAGGUUGGAGGAGGUGCUGCCGGGGAACGGGAGCUAGAUGAGGCAUUUAACAACGGAUGUAUUUAAUUACCAGUGGUCCUUGAGACACUAGGAGGAAAGACACAUUGAGUUUGGAAGAAAUGAAGCGAUAGCUCUGAGAAGUGAAGAGAAGGUUGAUAUGUCAGACCUCUCUCCAGAAGAGCAAUGGAGGGUUGAGCACGCACGCAUGCAUGCCAAGCACCGUGGCCACGAAGCCAUGCACGCUGAAAUGGUCCUCAUCCUCAUCGCUACUUUGGUGGUGGCCCAGCUGCUCCUGGUGCAGUGGAAACAGAGGCACCCCCGCUCCUACAAUAUGGUGACCCUCUUUCAGAUGUGGGUUGUUCCCCUCUAUUUCACAGUGAAGCUGCACUGGUGGAGGUUCCUAGUGAUCUGGAUCUUGUUCUCUGCUGUCACAGCUUUUGUCACCUUCCGAGCCACCAGGAAACCACUAGUACAGACAACCCCAAGGUUGGUUUAUAAGUGGUUCCUGUUGAUCUAUAAAAUCAGCUAUGCUACUGGCAUUGUUGGCUACAUGGCUGUCAUGUUUACCCUCUUUGGUCUCAAUUUAUUAUUCAAGAUCAAACCAGAAGAUGCCAUGGACUUUGGCAUUUCUCUCCUCUUCUAUGGCCUCUACUAUGGAGUUCUUGAGCGAGAUUUUGCAGAGAUGUGUGCAGACUACAUGGCGUCUACCAUAGGGUUCUACAGCGAGUCGGGCAUGCCUACCAAACACCUCUCGGACAGUGUGUGUGCCGUGUGUGGGCAGCAGAUCUUUGUGGAUGUCAGUGAAGAGGGCAUCAUCGAGAACACAUACAGGCUGUCUUGCAAUCACGUAUUCCACGAGUUCUGCAUCCGUGGCUGGUGCAUUGUGGGAAAGAAGCAGACAUGUCCCUACUGCAAAGAGAAGGUAGACCUCAAGAGGAUGUUCAGCAACCCGUAUCCUUUGGGAAUGGGCAGUGGGAAGAAAGUCCUGGCCAGCGUCACUCUGCAUUUGGGUCCUGCCGGGGGCCUUCCUCCUCCCUCCACCCUCUACCCUGGUACAUGCCCACUGUUCUAUUUGGUUUGUGAUCGAGGGAGGUUGGGGGUGGAAAAGGUAGGACUUACAGCUCAGAUUCUCAUCAUAGUUCUAGAUCCCUCAAAGGUAAAUUGGUAGCAGUAGCAGCCUGUUUACUGUUUGCUUCCUCUGUGCCUGGCACUGGGUUAAGUGCUCUGCCCAUAUUAUCUCAUUUCAUUCUCUAGCGACUUGAUGACAUCAGUAAUAUUAUCCUCCAUUUAAAAAAUGAAAUGAUUUAGAGGUUGAAAACCUACUCAAGGUUACAUAACCAAUGAGUGGUGCCUCACCUGUGACCUGUGGGGCUGGAGACCGGCCGUGUGCCUGUGCAGAGCCCGCAGGGUACAAGGCUGGCUGUGGGACUCCCUGUUCUGUCCCCUUUCAGCACGGGACCACUGCUCCUCUGAGCUACUCCUCUGUAUCCUGCCGGCCCUCCCUAUUCUGCCCUCCCUCACCUUCCUCUUGCUCCUCAUCACCUGUCUGUUGGAAGUUGCCCAGCCACUGCUCUGGUCCCCCCUUCACUAUCCUUGGGAUCCCGCGGCCCAGGUCUCUCCCUGCCUUCUCCUGGCUGCCCUGAGUGGCAGGGUUCCCUAUCCCCUGGACACUAGCUAGGCUGGGCAGGGGCCACUGAGUUCCCAGCACAUUCCCACAGCCCUCAAACCAGAGGCUCUGGCCUGUCCCUUUAAGGUUCCUUGCUUGGUUCUUCUAGGGUCUAGUUCAAGAACAGUUAAGUAACCCCAUGGUGAGGUUGAGGCUUGGGGCUUCCCCACAGUCCCCAGGGACUGGGCCAGGCUGCUCUUUCUGAUGCUUUUGGAAAGGUUCCCCCGCAGUGUCAUGAGGUUUAAUCUGUGCUUUCCCCAGAGCUGGAUUCCCAGACUCUCUGUCUUGCCCAGCAAUUUAGUUCAAAAGUGAAAGGAAGGGAACUCCUCUCUAGGGCUGCUCAGCCUCAGUAGGGCCUGCCUGGUGUUUGGUGGUACGUGGGGAUUCCUUAGAGCCUCUGCCAGGGUUAUCCUUGUGACUAGCCUCUUGCUCCCUGUUCCCUUCUGCCUUGGCCUCUAGACUCGGCCCCUUCCUUGACCUACAAAACCUACCAUUUGGGACAUUACAAGAACCCUUGAGGUUACCUUAUCCCACUGCCCACGUCCCUGCAGCCGUUGGCACAGAUGAAUUUACAGCAGUCUCAGACUGUGUGCUCUCACACCAACAGGCCCAUCUUUAAGAAGGUGUUAUUGAAAGCUCUCUACACAUGCUGGUCUUCGAGAGCUUAGUUUCACUUCACCCUUCCCUUCUCACCUCCUUCCCCCAAUCUCUGGGUUCAACCCUUCCUUCUAACAUGGAGAGGCUGGUGGGGGCUUCCUCUCUUUGUAGGCAGGCUGAUUUCUGUGGAGCAGAUGAGAGUGUAGGCAGAACCUCUCACCCAGCCCUGAGCCCAGCCUCAGCAGCUCUGACACAUAGCCUCUUUAACGCAC